CUUCCAGUCUCUACUAGCAAGCGAGAUCUAGAGAUUAUGGGGAUUUUGGCAAGCAAAGGAAUCGAAUAUGAGGACAGUUACCGUUCCUUUUCCGAGAAAGAACGCCAACACCUCUUGUCACUUUUCAAUCAGCUCGCUACUGCUAAUGAUCUUGGUGUUAUGAAGGUAGAAUUUGAACCGCUUAAGGUAAGGCCUUACCACAGGGGAAUCGCCGUAUUUAAUUUGAUUUGCAACUUCAAAUGAAGAGCUUUUUAAAUUUUUUAUCGAUGUUUUAUUCAGAAGGUGUUAAAUGUUAUUACCUCGAUUAAAAAAAGCCGCUAUGCACCGCUAAAUCUCUUGUUCUUGUUAUUUUCUUAUUACGCUCUUGUAGCUUUAUUCAGCGCCUUCGAUUUCACCUGCCUUUUACUAAUACAAUUGAACCUUCUUGUGUUGCAUUCACGCUUGUUAAAAAUCAACACAAUUUUCAUCUGCAUCCUUAUUUCCUUGAAUAAUUUUCUCGAUAAUAUAAGGACUAAUUUCGCUUGUUUUCUCGUUUUUUAUUAAGACUGGCUAAAUUGAGGAGGAAACCUUGCAACUCGUGACACUUUGGCUGAAUAAACACUGAGAAAAGGAAAAAAUUAAAAUUCUUAUUCGGUUCUUGGGACAAAGAAGUUUUACUUUUGAAAUAUACCAGAUGCAAAGCUUCAAAAUACUCUUUCAUUUCUAUCUCCAAACUUUUCUAUAAAUAUACGUGUUUUGAAAGAAAACAAUCAUGGCUCACAAACUUUCUAUUGAGAAUAUGAGCAUUCUUCUCAAAACGAUAGGAAUCAUUCCAUAUUUUAAGGAAGCUUUUUACUCAAAGGCAAAUGACAUGAAAUUUUCUAUAUUCCAAUUUUUGAGAUUUAUUGAGGAUGAAGAAUUAUUAAAGCAAGGGGCCUUUACCAUUAUAUACUUGCCUUCCAUCAAGCCAUGCAUGUAAAUCCUACACAUGUGGAUUAAAAACUAUAAUAGAAUUUUUUUUCUUUUUCCUUUUUCUUUAUUGUAGAAUCACUUGGCAUGGCUUUUACCUGAGUGCGUUAUCAGCCGUUUCUUCAAAGAGAUGUGUAAUAUUCAACGAGCUCGCCGAGUAGUGAAAAAUCCACUUGAAGAUGGUCAAGUGGGUAGGGUGGCUUUUUUUGUGUCAAUGUCUCAUGUCUUUAAGAGGAGCAGAGCAGAGAAAGGACAGCUAUUUUACCACUUAACUGCUGAUGUUGACCAAGUAGUGACAAGUGUUGAGGUGGAAGAACUCUGUAAAACAUUAUUAGAUGCCUAUGUUAUGGCAUUAAAAAAAACUACUGAUGGUGCAAAAUGGGAACUGCAUACUAAUGCUGAGGCAAACCACAGAUUUGCCAAAAAUGCUAUUCAAGAACUUUUAGGGAAGAAAGCAGACCCUAGUUGUGUUUCUCCAGAGGAGGUUAUUUCAUGGUUUAGUAAAUUUCCGCUGAUAGAAAAAUUGUUUCUGGCUGUUAUGAGGGCUGGAUUCUUUGAUGUAGAGAGUCUGUUAGAAGCCAAGCCUCAUGGUUUAGAGGAAGGAUGUGAAGAGACAGUUGCACAUGUACAGUACGACAGGUGAAUAUUGUUCAGUUUAACAACUACAUUCCAUGUUUCCAUCUGUCUGUUCAGUAGCAGAUCACAGAUGUGUCAAAGUUUGGUAUGAACAAAAAAGAGUCAAUCUUUACCACAUUUUGACAUCUUCGGGGACCAUUACCAGAACAGUCCCAACAUGUGUUUAUGCAUCUAUACUAAAAAAACUCAUAGAUAAGAACCAAUCAAACUUCUCAUAGAUUUCAACUUAUUAUAUAAUUAAGAAAUAAAUUCCAUGUUGCCUUGUUCAGUCAUCGAUCAAAAUGUUAUUAACUGUAUCUAUUAUUCUAUCUUUUGUCUUGGGGUACAUCUCUUUCCCUUUUCAAGAUUACACACAGAUUAUUUUGGACCAAGUGUUCAAUUCAAACAUAUAUGCCCAGGUUUUAAGACAGCUCUUAUCUCUUCAGGUCACACAUAAUAAUGCCAUGCAAGUUUGAAGUGAAUUUCAAUAAAGUUGAUUCACUUUUGGACAUUCCAUCUAUCAUUCUUCUUAAUCAUCACUUGCCUCAAUCAUCUCAACAUCAAUGGCGUCUACUAUUCUCCACUCAAACUCAUGGUGAGAGCUUCAGUGCUUUUAUUCAUCAAAUCACCAAUCAAGGCCCAAUGAUUAUUGUUGCCAGAGACAUUGGUGGACAUAUUUUUGGAGGGUUUGCCUCAGUUAGUUGGUCUAUAAAGUCUCAUUUUGUAGGUAAGUACACACAGAGCAGUCUUAAGUUGACACAAUUUUAAAGGACAAGGUACUUACCAGAGAGAUAUGGACAUGCUUUUGGAGGGUUUGUCGCAUUAUGAUGAUAAAGUCUGAGUUUUGUGGGUAAGUAUGGGUGGCAUAGUCUUUCAUUGACAAACUUUUGAAGAACUAGGGACUUAGCAGAGGAAAUAUGUCAUGUAUAGGGGUGGUAUGUUCCCUCCACAAUUGGAUCAAACUUCCCAGGACAAUGCACCUAGGCUAAACAGCACUUCUUGACAAUUCACAGGAAAUGUUUGGUAACAAUUAGACAGCUUUUAUUAAACUUUUAAAUAAAGUAAGGUAUCAUAAACAGUAUCAGCCUGACAAGAACAGUUUGAUGUAUUGUUAUUUCUUAAAAUAUUUGUUUUUGGUAAUUUUUUUUUUAUAUAUCAGCUAUUAUAAUUUUAUUAUGUAGAAAAGAAAGCCACUUGCUGGAACUAUAGGAUAAACCAUCAUUAUAAUUAUUGUAAUUGUUACUAUUGCUAUUGUUAUUAUUACUAUUAUAAUUAUUAUUAUCAAGAAGUAACACUUUCUUGUCUUUGUUUAUUAAUUUUGUUGUUUUGCAGGUGACAGCUACUGCUUUCUGUUCAGCCUGAAGCCUAAAAUGGGUGUGUAUCAUCCUACUGGUUACAAUGAGAACUUCAUGUAUCUGAACAUGGGCAUGCAAACAAUGCCUAAUGGAUUGGUAAGACUUAAUAAAAUUUAUUACUUUCCUUCUGAGUAACAUGGAAACUAUGAGGUUUUGGGCCAAACUUGUGAUUUUGUUAUGUCUUCCUUUCAUCUGUUAUUGGUAGUCAUAACUAACUCUCUCCGAGUUAUGACUAUGUGACCUUUACCAAAGUGACUACCAAAUUGUUAAUUAAGCUUAAUUUUGUUUGUGAAGAGAGAGUGUAAAAUAGCAAAGGAACUACUUGACAACAACUUGAAAUGUAUUAACCAUUACUGAUAAAAUUCAAGUUUAAAAUUAUACUUGAUCUCAUUUCUUUUUUAGAAAAAAAUAUCCAAAUUCACUUUUAUCUGGGAGAUUAAGGAAAUUGUAAUGGAGACCAAGAGAUUCUCUUUCUAUGUGAGAGACUCCUGGAUAAUCUGUAAGAGUUAGAUAGUAUACACUGUUUGUGGCUCACAGUGGCAGACAAUGACUUAUGUUUGGUGUUGCUUUAGUGGUAUUCUAUAUUGCUGAACUCCACUCUAACACUAAUUUUUUGCUCUUUUAACAGGGUAUGGGAGGUCAGUUAAACUACUUUGGAUUUUGGUUAAAUGAGGACUUUGGCUCAGGACAUAGCCGUGGGCAGCCUUCCUGCACAACAUAUGGCAGCCCAGUCCUCUCUGCAGAAGAGGAGUUUAAGCUUGAUAGACUUGAGGCUUGGGGUGUGGGUGUACCACCAGAAAAUGAGGCAGGUGUUUCCUUAGCAAAAUCAGUUAUUUUCUGUUUGCUUCUUUACAAAAGAGUGAUUUUUAUUGGGCUGGCGACAGGGCUGUUAGUAAGAUUUAGAGCAGAAGGCAAAGGAGAAAUAGUAGGCAGCUAGUUUGUUAUAGGUGCCAUGGUGUUUAGUCAUGUUACAUGCAAGACUAAAUUAAGCAUUCAGUACCUCUCAAAACCAGAGAAAUGUUUGAUGCUUUACAAAAAUUCUUUUGAUGAUUUAUCAAUAUUUGUGAGAAUUUUUAUCACAAUAAUUAUGAUAAAAUGAGGCACAAGUAGUAGUCUAAAAAUGGCAGACAACCCAGUGUUUUUGGCUGGCUGUCAGCUCUUGUCAGGUCUGCAGCCAGGAGGGUGCAAUUAUCUAGAAUUAUAUGAUACUGAUUUUUAAUCCUAUGGCGGGGUAACAAAAAAACCAGAACAAAAAUUAAGCCACCCUUUGUACAGGGUUUUUAUGGGUCCUGAAAAACCUGGAAAGUCCUGGAAAAAGACUAUGGGUUCUGAAAAGUCCUGGAAAUUUGCUUCACUCAAGGAAUAAAGUUUCAGAUUUUACAUUUUAAGAAAUGUAUGUAGGCUAUAAGGAGAAUUGAGUUUGAAAUCUUGGGAAUGAAAGGAUUUAAAGUGAAAUUUGAAGUCCUAAAAAAAUAAAUCUCAUGGAAAAGUCUCAGAAAAGUCUUAGAAAGGUCUUUAAAAUUUGUUUCUGAAAAGGAUUCGAACCCUGUCGGUAUGAUUGAAAUGCACUGAUAAAACUAAUAAUUUUAUGGCGUUUGGCAAGUUAAAUUCUGUGAUUCAAUGUUACUACACUUAAGAUCACUGUGUCAUUUUUUCUUAAACAGGUAGAGGAAAAAAGUGUAUUGGAUACAAACAUUGAGGCCAAGGCUUUCUUGGAAGUCAUUGGUAAAAAGAUGCAUAGUGAAGGAUUUAGAGAGCCAGAUGCUAAUUAA